UUUGGUAAAAUGUUGAAUUUAGACUACGACGAAAUGUUUAAGAUAUCUAUACUGGCUUUGAAAAUAAAUCGUUCGUACCCCACGAUCCCUAAAGACAAGCUCUGGCUCUGUUGCGUGAUCCCCAUGCACGGGUUUUUCAGCUACACCUUCACUUUGAUCGUGAACAGCAUGAUAUUCCAUGAUUUAAAAGAAGACAAUUUCACCGCCGCCUGCACCAAUGGUAUUUUCGCAGUCCUUUUUAUUUGCGUCACUUUUAAAUACUCAAUUUUGUUAACAAAGACGGAGGAUAUAACAUUUGCUAUUAAUAAAGUUAAAGGCGAUUUCGAGGCCGCGAAGAGUUUGUGUGCUGACGAGCAAGCUAUCACCUCCGAGUACGCUAACAGAGCAAAAUGGGUGACGAAGGUAUGGCUUCUCACAUCUUUCUCAGUCUUCUCUGUGUUUCCAACACAAGUUAUUGUGCUAUCUAUCUACUACUAUGCGACUGGGAACUUUCAAUUCGUCCACAUGUACCAGAUGACGUAUCCCGAACCCCUGGAGACGCAUAAGAAUGAUACCUACACGUACCUAUUCUUGUUAUUUUUGCAAAUUUAUUACGGAUUGUACGUGUUGCUCAUGUACGUGGGGUUUACGCCUCUGGGGCUGAUUUUCAUGUUGCACGCGUGUGGAAGGAUCGAGAUUGUGAAGUACCGGAUCAGUAAACUGUUUGAAGGGGAGCACUAUGAUCCUCGAGAGAUACAACAGAGGUUGAAGAAUAUUGUGAUGCCUUUGCAAGAUGUGUUAGAUUUUGUAGAUCUUUUAAAGGAGACAUUCCGAGUAGUUUACGAAGUCUACAUGAAAGCUACUACUGUUGUUAUCCCGAUUGCGUUGUACGAAAUCCUAGAGGCAUUGAAGGAAGGGCGGCUCAGUAUAGAGUUCAUGACGUUCAUUGUCGCUGGGGCCGUGCUUUGCUUCGCGCCCUGCUAUUACAGCGAUUUACUUAUGGAAAAGGGCUUGAGCCUCCGAAUGUCCGUUUACACAAGUGGAUGGGAAGCCUACCCGGACUCAGCCAUGCGCCGAACUUUGUGCAUCAUCAUGUGCCGAUUGGAACGAGAUGUGGCCAUCCGGACGCUGUUCCGGACAGUAAACUUAGACGCCUUUUCUGAACUAUGUCACCAGUCCUACGCUCUCUUCAAUGUAAUAAACGCAGCUUGGACCUAA